GGGGAAUGAGUUCCCUGGGGCUGCUGGGCGGAGCCUGAACAGCCAGAGGCAGGCAACAGAUAGUUCACCGAGUAGGAGGGCAGGGAAGGGGAGUGGAAGUCCCCGGGAUUCUCCCCCGCCCCCGCCUGGAAGUUAGUCCCGGGGACCCUCCCCCUCUCUGCGCUAGGGCACCGGCGGAUCGAUAGCCGCCGCCGCCGCCGCCCGGGUGGAUGUGUCAGUCUGGCGGCGGGGGCUGGCAGUCAGCACCGCCCAGCGCCAGGUGCCUGCAGUCCGGCCCCGUUGCUCCGCGGGAAGAAGGUUGUCCGCGUCCAGCAGCUGCAAGAGCGCCGGCCCCGCUGUUGACCCUCAGCCCGGGCGGGGAGGGAAUGGACAGGGCGGGUCUGGGGCUUGCUCGGGCUGUGCGGGGCUGCAGAUUUCCCCAGCACGUUCUUCCCGGCGCGGGUGGGGAAGGAGCCGGCUGCUGGCCGAUCGCACGCCCCGGAUUCCCCCCAGCCCGCUCCGCCUGGUUUUGCGGAUGGAAUUGAAGGCGGGGUGCUGAAGUUGCCGAAGCCUGCCUGGAUCCUCCCCUCCGCCAAACCAUGCGGGAUCUAGCUAUCGAGAUCGGGAUACGAGUUCUGCUCUUCGGUGUCUUCGUUUUUACAGAGUUUUUGGAUCCAUUCCAGAGAGUUAUCCAGCCAGAAGAAAUCUGGCUUUAUAAAAAUCCUUUGGUACAAUCAGACAACAUACCUACACGCCUCAUGUUUGCAAUUUCAUUCCUCACGCCACUGGCUGUCAUUUUUGUGGUGAAAAUAAUCCGGCGGACAGACAAGACUGAAAUUAAAGAAGCCUUCUUAGCUGUUUCCUUGGCUCUCGCUCUGAAUGGAGUCUGCACAAAUACUAUUAAAUUAAUAGUGGGGAGACCUCGUCCCGAUUUCUUUUACCGCUGCUUUCCAGAUGGAGUAAUGAACUCUGAAAUGCACUGCACAGGUGAUCCAGAUCUGGUGUCCGAAGGCAGAAAGAGUUUUCCCAGUAUCCACUCUUCCUUUGCAUUUUCAGGCCUUGGCUUUACGACCUUCUACUUAGCUGGAAAGUUGCACUGCUUCACCGAAAAUGGCCGAGGGAAAAGCUGGCGGCUUUGUGCAGCAAUUCUGCCUCUGUAUUGUGCCAUGAUGAUUGCCCUGUCACGCAUGUGUGAUUACAAGCAUCAUUGGCAAGAUGCUUUUGUCGGAGGAAUCAUUGGCCUCAUUUUCGCUUAUAUUUGCUACAGACAGCACUACCCACCUUUGGGUAACAUGGCUUGCCAUAAACCUUACGUCAGCCUCCUAGUUCAGACCUCAACGAAGAAAGAAGAGAGACCUACAGCAGAUAAUGCUACCAGCCUGCCUCUAGAGGGAAUAACUGAAGGACCAGUAUGACUAAUAACUGUGCACAAUGAACUUUUAGCCCUUCUCACAUUCCUCCAAACUGGUCUCUUAACAUGAUGUUUCCUACAGUACAUUUGGGCAGUGAUUUUUUUUUAAGAUAUUCUUUUUCAUACAGUAACAUCCUCUUACUUUUAAGGUUCAGUUUUCAGUGCACACUGUUUUGUCCAGCUGUCUGUUUUCAGUCCGUUGCCAGAACAAAAAAAAUCCAGGGAGGAGAAAAGUGUCAAUAGAAAGAACAUGCCAAAAACAGGCUAGUUAACUGAAUAGUUUUGAAUGAGAGGUAUUUGAAGAUACAGUCAAUCUGAAAACAGUGGAUGCUGUGUCAUGCUGAGCACCUCCUAGGAAGCAGAUUGUCCUCAACUGUCCAUGACUUCAGUGAGUGUUGAGUGUGGUCAUCACUUUCAGGAGGUUUUCAGCAACCGCCAUAAUCAGCCCUUGGUCUAUUUCUUUAUAUAAUUUGAUGUGUAAGGGGUAACUUCCUUAUGUUUCUGUUGUAGUCUUCUAACAUAAUAUAUCUUCCACAUGAUGUUGAAGUGCUAGUUAUCAAGUUUUGGCAGGGUUAUUCUGGGCUGGUAAUUAAACAGUUGCUGAAAUGUAUGAAGAGCAAGAGUGUGAAAAGAGCCAAGUCUACUCACAUCAAGGGUUUUGGAGGAUGAGGCUGACAGCAGAGUGAGCCAAAGCUGUGGAAAUUGUCAGCUUGCAAUAACAUAUGUUCAUAGGCUGGAUUAGAAACUGGAUAUUAAAAUAUUAGCAUUUUUUUCUGAGAGCUCGUGCAGGAAUUAUUUUCAAAAUUGAAUGAAACUGCAGCAACUCCCAUAGCAUACAACAAGCUGCAAUCUUAAAAACAAACAAGCAAAAAUCCUAGAACUGCACAGUUGAA